GAAACCUAUCGAUAAUUAUCGAUAAUAUCGAUAGUUGCCAGCUAUCGAUAGAAUCGUUAAGCUUUAAGCGUUACCGAUAGUUAUCGAUAAUCAUCUCGCAUGCACCCUACGCACCCAUCCGCAGCGAUGCCAAAACAGCUAAGCAAAUUAACCUUACCAGCGCUGAAAACGAUUCUGAUGCCUGUUCGCACUUACACGUAAUCCCCUGCAAAACUGCACGAAUAUUUCAAUUUUACUUUAUCUCACGCAAAACCCAAACAAAUAUCAACAACGAUGACAGGACAAUUUGGGACUACGAAGCUGCUGAUAUUUGUUUGGUUUUUCGCAUAAGAGAGUAAAGGAAAGAAAUAUUUUUGCUUUUGUCAACACGCAUACUCUGACAAUCUAUACGAGAGUUUACGGGAGUGUGAGCAGCCUCUAAAAUCUUUUUGAGCUUAGUCGCGAAUUGUUUGAAAAUUGAGAAAUAUUCAUGUUUGCUCACUUUAACUCGUGAUUUCGCGGUGAUUCUAAUCUUCUUAAAGUUGGCAGCAGUACGACAAAGUUGUAUGUAACGAAAGCAACUUUUUUCUUUGAAAAAUGUCACAGAAUACAGCCCAAAAAAGAACGAAGAGGUCAUUUGUAUGGGGCUUCUUCGAAAAAAUUAACAAAGGUAAUAGUAAUGUAUUUCGUUGCAAAGUUGCUGGAUGUAAAACAGAGCUCUCAUGUAGUGGAAACACUACUAACCGACGAUAUCAUUUGCAAUCGCAUCACCCGGUUGAAUUACGUGAAGCACAAUCUGGAAAUCGAAUGUCAUCUGAUUCAAGUUUUAACGAUGAUGAGAGAGACAAUGCGGAAGGAAUGCAUCACCAAAAACAAACAUCGAUGAGAAAAUACAUCAAGCAAAGCGGCAUUUCGUACAAUCCAGCUUCUCAAAAAAAAAAGGAAUUGGACAAAGCAUUAGUUCGCUUUAUAGUGAAAGAUAUACAACCGUUGGCCGUAGUUGAUGACGACGGGUUCGCCGAGUUCGUUCAUGCUCUCGAUCCGCGGUAUUGUUUACCGAGCAGGAGACACCUACGAGACGUUUUGUUGGAGCAAGCGUAUCAGAAAACUGUACAACAUAUAGGCGAGAUCUUAAAACCUAUCAAAUUUAUUGCCAUAACAUACGAUGGCUGGACUAGCCGUACAACACAAGGAUACUUGGUGGUAACUGGACAUUUUAUUUUCGAGGAAAAGCUUUCAACUGCGACAUUAGGUGUGAUACCAAUACCGUCGCGUUCGACGAGUAAAAAUUUGAAGGAAUUGAUUUUCUCAGUUCUCAAGCGGUUUCCGAAUGUAAGCGUCGUAUGCGCCGUAACAGACAGCGGCAGUAACAUGAUUUCCGCAUGUGAUUUAAUGAAGAUGAGACACAUGCCUUGUGCCGCCCACAAAAUUCAGAGAAUUGUAAUGGUUGGAAUAUCAAAAACAGAACGAUCCUUUUCUUCAAAAGAAACUGAGGAUUUUGUUGAAAAAAUUUUCUGCGAUGAUAACGAUAAUGUUCAAAACUGCGAUGUCUCCGUUUAUAAUGUUAUUGUCAAAUGCAAGCGAAUCGCAACAUUUUUCCAUCAUAGCUCUUCAGCAAACCGAAGCCUUGAGCAAGAAUUGCAUAACGCCAAGCGUCAGCUAACCAAAAUUAGUCAGCCGAACAACACACGUUGGAAUUCCGUAUACUAUAUGCUUGAGAGCAUAUGGAAAAUCGGAGAAGCACUAUUUGCCGUUCUAUCGAAAUGUGGCAAGUGGGAGUUGGACCUUACACCUGCCGAAAAACACCUUAUACCACAAAUUCUAGCCAUAUUAAAACCAUUCGUCAAGGCCACCACCAAGUUAAGCGGUGAUUCUUAUCCUACUGUAAACCUUAUUAUACCCACAACCAAACAAAUUCUUACGGAACUGAACAGUUUACUAAGUUUGUCAGACAAUGAGGUAGUAGAAGAAGAAACGACGGUAUUUGAAGUAUCAGAGAACAACAAAGACGCUAAGGUCGUCAUCGACAGCCAGGAGGCAAUUUGUUUUCUAAAGCAACUGGUUAGUUCAACGAGAGAAAAAAUGCUGGAGUAUGAAACUCGAACAGCAUCAGGAUUUAGUACUAUACUAGAUCCGCGCUUUAAAAAACAUGGAUUUAUAUCUGAAUCUAACUACCGCAUGAUGGCUGAGAAAUUAAAGGAAGAACUAAAAACAGUAAUGGCAACACAAAAUAGAACACACAUUGAAUGUACAUCAUCAAUAGAACCCGUGCCGUGUGUCUCAAAAAGAGCAGAGUACACUUUUUUGAAUAACAUUACGUUCACAAGACAUGAUCGCUCGAUCCACUCAACAGCACAGGCAAUCGUUCAUUUAAAUAAAUACCUUGAAGAUCCCAUAACAAAUGAAACCACCGAUGUGCUCUCCUUUUGGACCAAUUAUACAGCUUGCGAAGCACUAAGUGCAAUUGCUCUACGUUUCAUGAUAAUACCCGCAUCGUCCGUUCCCUCCGAGAGGGUAAAUUCGACCGCAGGUAACACAAUAACUGAUAAAAGAGCGAGAUUGACUCCAACUUUUGCAGAACAGCUAGUUUUGAAGUAGAAUACUUCUCUCAGGAAGUUCGGCUACAUAGGGAUGUGAAAUGAAAAUCUAAAACCGAAAAAAGUGAAAAAUAUGUCCAAUUUCAAAUGCUAAUAAAUCGGUUAGUAUUCGAUGGAUUUCCUUCCUGCUUGCAGCAAUAGAUUGGAAAAUCUUCUAAGAUUCUUCCCAAAAGAAGAUAAUUGUAAUUUUAUUAUUCACACUAUUGUACUAUUGAAAAUAGUCAAGCCUUGUCAAGACGAAAAAUUCGACCUCUGAUUGGUCGUUAUAUGAUUGCUUCCCAAGCACGGUCGACAGAAUCAUAUACCUUGCAAUUCAAAACAUGCUAUUUGGCCUAUAUAAGAGCCUGUUUCAGCCGAAGCCGCUCAUUAUAGUUCUAGACAGCGACAACAGCAGUCGUCCUCCCUUAGCAACAGCACCAACAGUGCAGUGGAUACCAGCGAUGGCGGAAAGCGGCCACAGCUGUGGCGUAGCAAUGAAUAGCGCACUAGUUGCAGCGGAUUCCAGCAACGAUAGCAGCUGGGCCAGCUGAUGCAGGGACAGUGGAUACCAAUGGCAGCGUAUAGCGGCCAUAACUUGGCAUGGCUAUGAAUAGCGAACUAGUUACAGCGGAUCUCAGCAUCGAUGGCGGCUGAUGCAGUGAGGCACUUUAAAACUUUUGAAAUGCAGUCUCUGUGCGAUAGUGGGCACUAGUAAAUGCAUUCAAUGAAAAGUUGACUUAUUUUGACAACACGUGAGCCGUCUAGGUUUGAGUAUCAAAUCAGCUUUUCACUUUUUAUUUUAUCACAAGGAAUAGUUAUUCACACUGUCAGUGAUAACGCAAAGAUGUGAUCGGCAUCUUAUCCGAUACUGACAGUUUCUAAUAAGAAGCGUUGCUUCAAUAUAAAGAGGCUGUCAGUGGUCAAUGCAAUUAUAGCACUGCAAAGUUAGCUCUCGCGCUAUAAAAAUAAUAAAAUUUGUCACAACGUGGGGUACAUAGCGGCUAGAAAUAAAGAGACGGUCUCUUUCCCAUCGAAACGCGAAACGGUUCGGAGCUUCAAUAAACGUUGAUCUCCUCAGUAGUUAGUUUAAUUUGAAUCCUGUGUGGUGCUUAACGAGAGCAAAGCCGAAAACCCCGAUUCUGCUUUGAACAGAUACUAAAAUGAACAACAAAUUGUCCUUUUCAGAAUGAAAUAAAAACUUGAGUUAAAAUUUUCUAAUGAGUUAAUUCACAUUUUGUAAUUUAUAAACAUUAUAAUUUUACUUUAACGUACUGAAUUAUCUUUUCGUUCAGUCAUGAACACGACAGCCGAAACUUUCAUUAUCUGCAUAAAAAUAAAUUUUUCGCAUAAUCAAAAUUUAAAAACAAGCCCCAAUAACAAGCAACUUACUAUAUUAAUGAAAAUGGCCAAUCCUUGUUGAAGCGCAAAAUUUGAUUGAUCUGGUAGGUCGUUAACAUGAUUGCUUCCCAAGCACAGUCGACAGAAACACAGACCUUGCAAUUUAAAAUGUGCUCUUUGUCAGUAUAAGAGAAAGGAUGGGAAAUAUCGGCUGAUAUGGCUAUCGAUAGUUAUCGAUGAUUUCUUACUAAUAUCGAUAACAAUCGAUAAGUUUAGCAUCUCUCCCUUAGCAUCUCUUCUCCCUUAGCAGCAGUACUAGCAGUUCAGUGGAUACCAGCGAUGGCGGAAAAUGGCCACAGCUGUGGCGCAGCAAUGCAUAGCACACUAGUUGCAGCGGAUCUCAGCAUCGAUAGCGGCUGAUGCAGUGAGGCACUUUAGUGAAAUGCAGUCUCUGUGCGAUAGUGGGCACUUGUGAAUGCAUUCAAUGAAAAGCUGACUUAUUUUGACAACACGUGAGCCGUCUAGUUUUGAGUGUUAAAUCAGCAUUUCACUGUUUACUUCAUCACAACGAAUACUUUGUUCGCAAUGUCAGUGAUAUCGCAAAGGUGUAAUCGGCAUCUUAUCCGAUACUAAAUUGAACAACAAAUUGUCCUUUCCAGGCUGAAAUUAAAACCUGAUGAAUAAAUUUCAUCUCAAAAUUUAAAAAUUGUCAAGCCCCAACCAUAACAAGUAACUUACUAUAUUAUUGAAAAUAGUCAAUCCUUGUUGAAGCGCAAAAUUCGAUUGAUCUGAUUAGUCAACGUUUAUUGACUAGAAAAAAUGACUGACAGCCGGGUUAUCUUUCUUGAAAAAGUAUUCUACUUCAUCCUUGCGGUCGUGGCUUUGCACACAACCCUCCUGUUUUUUCUUAAUGAAAACUUCAAAUUUUUGCAAAUGUAGUGCAAUAAGAAAUUUUAUAAAUUACACACUCACACUGACACAUACAUACACACGCAUACAUACACGCCUACACACUGACACUUCUGACACACACCGACAUUUCUGACACACACACCGACACACACACGAGAAAUUGAAUACAUCAUAUGUAAUGUAAUUUAGUACAUUAUAUGUAGUUAGAGGGAGAGUUGUUUUAUAACUGUUUUAAUGAAUAGAUUACUAUGAUAUUUUAACACAGUGAUUUCUUAGAUAUAAUCUUACUUAUGUCUUAUACUUAUGAGUAAAAAAGUUGUACUUGUGUACGUUGAGACGAAUC